CCUUGGGCUCUUGCUAACCUUUCAGAGAUCGCUAUGCGACGCUUCGGAUACAGUGGAUACGGCGGACACUACGGCGGGGGAUAUGGCGGGUACGGUGGGUAUGGAUGGGGGUACCGACCUUACGGCGGUUACGGCAGACGAAAGUCCACGACGACCAAGUCCACCACUAAAUCGAAGAAAACGACGACAAAGAAAGCGGCCGCCCCAGUUGUCGAUAAAGGACCUAGGAAAGAAGCACCAGCGCCUCUAGCGGAAGGGCCCCCGCUUUUGCAACACGACGCGGAUCCUACAAACCCCAACGGCGCUCUUCAGAACAAGGACCACCCCGAUUAUUGGUUCUAUGGUCUUGAGGCUGGCGGCUAUGUUAUGCCUGCUGGUAUCAAGCAGAACCAGAAGAUAAACGCGAUUCGAUGGGGUUAUUUGGAUUAUUGCAGUACCAAAGCGAAUUAUCCUGGCUACAGAGACGCGUUCGAGAGGUACCGCAAGGGCCUUCUUGAGUAUAUGGACACGCAUUACAUGGAAUUUGUCGUUCCGUUUGGACGGUUCCAUGGGAAGAAGUUGUACGAGAAAUUCAAGGACGCGGUCUGGCUUUCCAAGGUCGAUGACCUUGACGGUAGCAGAACUAAUGCGGAGUACUAUAUCUUCUUUAUGGCCCUGGACAAGUUCAUCGCGAAGCCGACGGAUCGUAGCUUCCGCGAGACGGUUGCCCUGGGCCUCGAGUACCUCGCCAAGAUUAAGAAGAUUGUCGAUACUGCUCAGCCACCCCCGCCUUCCCAGCCAGAUGCUGGGGAACCGGCUGGAGAGGAAGAAGAAGACUAUGAUAACUUCUUUGACGAAAUUGGAGAAGAGGAGUUGGCGAUUCUUUCGCAGAGCGAGGCGAGUGGGAGUGGAACAGCCGGUGGUAGUGGUGGUGGCCGGGGACCGUCGUCCUCUUCGCAGGCCUGAUUGGCGUGCAUUGCUCAGUCAUUGUUGUAUUUCUAAUUG